AUGGCAUCCUUGGCCACCCCCGAGAGCUUCACGUCGAUUAGCUAUGACUAUCUUAUUGCGGGUGGGGGCACUGCAGGGCUGGUGCUUGCAAAUCGCUUGACAGAAUUACCAGAAAUCACUGUAGGAGUCAUCGAAGCUGGAAAUGACAAGACGAAUGACACCAAAGUACUGACGCCCUUGUACAUGUUUGAUGUUCAAGGCGAUCCAGAAUAUGACUGGAACUAUACCAGCCUACCGCAGGAAGCCUUAGCUGGCUUACCUGUGCCACAAGCACGUGGUAAAAUGCUGGGCGGCUCUAGCGGAAUCAAUUACAUGCAGACCACGUUUGCGUCAAAGGCAGACUUCGACGACUGGGAGACAUUGGGGAAUCCUGGCUGGAAUUACGAAUCUAUCAAACCGUACUAUGCGAAGUUUGAGAACUUUCAAGGGACGCCGCCAUCGCUCGAAUCUUCCACUUUGGAUGGCGACACCUUCGAGAUAGACCAUUUUGUAAAUGAAGCCGUGCAUGGCCAUGGAGGUCCAAUCAAUGACUCGCUUGCGCCUUACUAUUCGAACUUUCAAUUGGCUUGGACACCGACCUUAACAAGUCUUGGAUUGUAUGCCAAUGGAGACCCCAGAGACGGAGUGUCUUUAGGCGGGUACACAAAUCCAAUGGUGAUGACGCUUGGGACUGCGCAGCGAAGCUUUGCUGCGAAUGCUUAUUGGGAACCUGUCGCAAACAGACCGAACUUGCACGUGAUCACCAAUGCUCUUGUGAGUAAUAUUGUGUUUGAUGGCGCUCAGGCGGACAAGUUGACCGCGACUGGACUUAACUUCUCCGUCAACGGUCAAUCCUAUAUCGCCAAUGCGACCAAGGAAGUCAUCCUCAGUGGCGGCACAAUGAACUCACCACAAAUAUUGGAGCUUUCUGGGAUUGGAGACCCCAACAUCCUUACCAAGUAUGGCAUCGAGGUGAAGAUUGACAAUCCAAAUGUUGGCGAGAACUUCCAGGAUCAUCCUCAAUGCGGGGUGACGUUCAUUCCGAACGAAGGCGAGAUCACGUUUGACCAAUUCUUCAACGACACUCAAUUGCAAUACUGGACAAGCGUCUACGAGCAAAAUCACACAGGCAUUCUCGCGUCCGGUGUCUCCCAGACCGCGCAGCUUUCCUGGCCACAAAUUCUACCCACAGACCAAAAAGAUCGACCAAGCGACACGGUGCAGAAACUGUACAACGGGUCGGCCGAAGGACUUCGGCCUGGCCUAAAGGAGCAACUAGAUCUCACGGCCAAGAAGGUUACAGACCCGAAUCAAUCAUCACUGCAGACAGGCGUCCUGGGCGGCUUUGGGGCCAAACCUCCACCUGGGAAAGAAAACAAAUCAGUCUGGCUAGGCGGCUUCGCUACCCACCCAUUCUCCCGCGGGUGGAUCCACAUCAAAUCCGCCGACCCAACAGUCUACCCAGAUUUCGACCCGCGAUAUCUCUCGCACCCUCUCGACUUUGAGAUGUUAAAGGACUUGGUACUUUGGCAGCACAACGUCGCCGAGACGAAGCCUAUGUCGAAUCAUCUGCAGGGCGAUGGCACCGUUCUCACUGGCGACGUACAGAUUUUGAACGAUACCUCAAUUCGAGAUUAUAUCAAUGCGGGAUUCAUCACUGGUUGGCACGUUGUCGGCUCUGUGCCCAUGCUACCAAGAGAUAAAGGCGGCGUGCUGGACCCGCGACUGAAAGUGUAUGGCACCAACAAUGUGCGCGUUAUAGACGCCAGCAUCGUCCCCCUUCAUGUGCGGGGCAAUACUGGUACAUUGACGUAUGCGAUAGCGGAGAAGGGCGCGGAUCUGAUCAAGGAAGAUCUGAAGGCUUCAAGCAAUGGCUCUCAGGUAUUUGCCGGUGCAGCGUCCCAUCAGUACUCGAUCAGCCCUGUUCUGGGACUGCUACUGAUGUGGGCGAUGUUGCGCCCGUUUCUAUAA